AUGACUACCCUGAGUAGCUUUUUGAACUCCAUCUUGCUAUCAAGUCCUACACUGGUAAACCAUUCGACGCUGGAAUGUUUACUGAUAUAUCCUCUUCAUACUGCCGAAUUCACUUUCGAAACCACCGAUAAUGAAUUGCGAGCGUUCUACGAGUUUGAUGUGUACAGAGUUGUGCACCAUGUUUUUAGCAGCUACGUUGCCCAGAAAGACGCUCGGUGGAGCAAACUGGUACAAUGUGCUGUAGAGCUAUCCAAAUCAGAUGUAGUUUUCCGGUACCUUUUGGAUCAGUUAAUUGCGCAUACUGAGGAGGAUUGGGUCUCUGUUGUCACCAACCAACUGGAGAAGUUUGUUUUUAACCAGGAACGUCUCUCCGCGACAUUUGCUUUUUGGUCUGAUACUUUACGGAAGUCUGUGAACAACAAGCCUGUUGAGGCAUCGUUGCGUUCAUUGAUCAACUUGCCAAGUCGUUUUGCUGGUAGGCGUUCGAAAUCCAAGUUUCUGAACCGGACUGCUUUUGUUAUCAAUCUUCUUUCAGUGUUCAAAUCCGGUAGUUUCGAUGAAGACGAACAUUCGCAACUCUGUGGUCUACUUCUGAGCGAGCUCGCUUUAAAUGGUUUUGCGUCCGAGCUGGCAGAGUUUGUACUAGACGACACUAAGGUUCAACUUAGUGCUUCAAGUAUGGUGACGCAGAACGUAUGGUCCAAAGCCCUUUAUCAUUUGAAGACAAAUAGCAUGGAAUCUUGUUUGCAGCCUAUCUUAUCGAAAAGUUCUCACCCCUUCGUUGUCGCCGUUUUGUUCUCCAGACUGCUAGAUGGGCCUAACCCUUCUUCAUUAAAAAUUCUCUUCAAGCUCUUCCGGCGCCUUCUCUUUGUCAGAUAUUUUCCGAACGAUCGGCUCUUGCGCAAUCUAUUCGGAGGGCUAUCUCAGAUUGUCAUCCAAUAUCUUUCGUCUUCGAAUGUCUCACAAUUGGUUGAUAUGGUUAAUAAAGAGUUGGGUCUACCGUUACUUCACUUGUGGGCCGAUUCUACAGCGAUUCAGGCCGCAUCGGUUGAACAACGGGUUUAUACUUCCCAAGCGUUAGCUUCCUGGUUUACUGACUUUCAUUCGCCGGUGGCAUCUAAACUGUCUAUCAAAAUUUCUGAUAGUCUCAUGCUGCCGGAUAUUCUCAGUGGCAUUAGCAGUCAUCUUGCAAGCCCCAGGAUUGAAAUUCGAACUAUUGGAAUGGCUGUUGGAGAAUGGCUUGUCAGCUUGAUUAAACUACCUUGUGAUGAUGGUCAGUGUGGUUCGCUGCAGUUCGAGUAUGAGGAUCUUGAAGUGAUCAAACGAAUCAAACCCUUAUUUGUACCUUUCCCAGCCUUUCCUACAGACACAACAGACACAACAUCGGUCGUCUCGGAAUCUGACUUUACUGAAAAAUGUCAGGCUAUAGAAGCCAGGUCAGACAAGCCCACAUCCGAUGUGGAUAGCGACGAUGAACCUGACUCGUUAGACCCCAACCAUUCGCCGUUUGUACAUUUACCUCGACGAUCUGGUCAACCAAAAAUGGUCAGCUCUGUAUUAUCUUCUUACAGGAAACCUCGUUAUUUACGCGAAUGUCUGGAUGGUAUGCUAUGUUCCAAACCUGAAGAUAACCAUAUCAGCGUGGCUUGUUAUACUUCCGCCGAAGAACUUAUUUAUGCUCAUCCAAAUGCUGCACGUGAACUGGUGAACGACUUUGCCCAUGUGUUUGUGCAUAUGGACCUGCCCUCUUGUCCCGAGGAAUCUAAAUUAGCAUCCUGUCGCCACGCAGCCCUUGUUGCGCUGGGUACUGUUGCUCCGAAGGAAUGUGCUCGUUAUCUUACAAAUGAAUUCUGUCAGUCCACAUGUUCCGUUGGACAACGGCAAAACAUUAUCUCUGCGAUCACUGAUAUAGCCUGUCAACUAUCGUCUGACGGUAAUGUGGACAAGAAAGCGGGUGUUUCGCCUUCGCACGCUGACGAUUCUACACCCAAGUCGUUGAUGUCCUCUAAGCUUGUGUCACAAACACGUCGCUUCUGCAGCCAUCGACCACCGAAACCACAAACAAUCAACCAAUUCGCUGCAGUUGCCGGAGAAUUCUUUUUUCCUCUGUUACGAAGCAUACCUCAGCUUUUUGCUGGUUCUCACACUGGCACAUUUGCUCAUCAGGACGCCAGUUUGUUAGCUAAUUUGGUUGCUUCACUGGCUGUCGUAUACAUGUGUGCUCGCUUGUCUUCCGUUCAGGCGCGAAUGGCAUCGGAACUCUUGGAACUUGCACCAACUCUGUUGUACAUGGAAACGGAAUCCUCCGAUGCCUGGACAACAAGUGCAGCCUCCAAUUCGGAGCCCCCGGGCGGAUCACCGUAUUCUUCCAGUGGGAGAAUCUUCUCUUGUGGACCGCCAGACGCCGAACUCAAUGGAAAUAUCCUGUUUUCUGAUCAGUUGCUAAACAAUGCCCCCUUGGAACUGCCUACCUCCGAUCGUCCCAUUCAUGCCGAAGUUUGUAUUUCACAGUUCAAUGUGGAAACGUUUUCUGUAAUUGAGUCAAACGUAGUGGAGUUUUUACGCAGUUUGGGUCCACGGCACGUCCCUACGGUUUUCAAUAAUUGUGAGAACCACUUCACUGCUGUCAACUCAGACAGCUCAAGUCAACAGGUUGCCGAAUUUCUUCAACGUUGCGUUGCAUCUAUCAGCCUCCUUUUGGACGAAGCUGAUGGUGAGAAUGGUUACGAUAUCAGCAAGUCGGUGGAUUUGCGCACUGUUCCUCUGUUAGUACAUGUCUAUCAACUCGUUUCUGGUGACGAGGCACUACCAGUGCACGAACUUGUUGAAGUGGGAUCCGAGACUAUCAACGGUGGAACUGUUUGGCUUCUUCCAUCGAUGGAAAUGCAAGGUCUGUGGGAGUCUUUAAUUUUUGACUCAGAUAUCAAACUGGACUUGCUGAGUUAUGCCCAGACAGCGCUUCUGUUCGCUGAUAGACAGGUGUCCACGUCAAUAAUCUCGUGGAAUCGAGUGAUUUUAUUGUACGGUCCACCAGGAACGGGAAAGACAUCAUUGUGCCGAGCCCUAGCUAACAAAUUGGCCAUCCGCAUGGCUAAUCGUUACUCAUCGACCAAACUUAUUGAGCUCAACACAAUGAAUCUUAUGUCGAAAUGGUUUUCUGAGAGUGCCCGGCUGGUUGCUCGUAUGUUCGAUGCUAUCAGAGAGUAUCUGGAAGCACCUGAGCAUUUGGUUUGUCUCUUGGUUGAUGAGGUGGAAAGUUUGACUGCGGUACGCAGUUCCGCCAUGUCAGGCUGUGAACCCAGUGAUGCUAUUCGUGUUGUCAAUGCAGUUUUGACACAAAUAGAUCAAAUCAAGCGCUAUCCUAAUGUGCUCGUUUUGGCAACCUCCAACGUGACCGGCGUGAUCGAUCCUGCCUUUCUUGAUCGGGCUGAUAUUCGCGUGUUUAUUGGUCCGCCAUCCGCUCCGGCCAUCUACACUAUUUUCCGUUCCUGUUUGCAAGAACUCAUGCGCGUUGGUUUAGUUGAAGCGGGCGAGGAUAAGCUGCUGAGUUACCAAGCUCUGGCAGCAAUGCAAUUCAUGGAAAAUAAGAUGAAUUAUCUCAGCUUGGACCUCUGGAAACUUUCCGAACGUAGUGUUGGCCUGAAUGGCCGUACAUUGCGUAAACUACCCCUCUUGGCACACGCCUUCCAUCUCACUAAAGUUAGUCCCAGCUUACGUUCCAGUCUCUCCACCAGUGGACGCCUUUAUCUUGGAUCCUGUCAGUCAUCAGCUGCUCUGCAAUCUGGUCCUGCCUAUUCUGUGCAUCCCCUGCUGGCCCAGUAUGGUCAAAGGCCAACAGUUUCCGUACCAACGUUUGUGCAAGCUCUGCGAUUGACAGUGGAAAGUCAAUUUGCUGAGGUAGAAGCGUUGGAUUUGGCUUCAUUGGACAAGGGUCGGCUCAAAACGCACAAGAAACGAGCUGAUUCUGCGCUGGGCGCACCACCUCAGGGUGACACUCCCCUUCACUAAUUGUUGCUGUAUGUAUCCUUUGGUCCUGUUCAAACGUUUAUCCCACACCGCAACCGGUUUCCGGCAAUCCAUGUGCCACCUUGCAUUUUCAUUUUGUUGAAUGUGGGUAUUUUCUACCACCAAAAUUGCUCAUUUGUCUUGAUUGUUAUUUUGCUUUGUACCGUUGGUUGGCUGCUAUGAACAUUUCCGUGCCAGUAUACAGGCUAUUGCGAACCGAAUC